ACAACUCGUGGUCGCUCAACACCAAGCAUCCCGACGGGCCGUACACAAUCGACAGCAACAGGCACACCAGCGACAACUGGAACUCGUCCAUCGAAUGGAACAGUGACAACGAAAGGAGCAAGCACACCAGCUUCGACUCGCGUCACAAUUCCAAGUGGAUCGACAAGUGCUAGAACCAGCGGAACAACUGGAACUGCUAGAACCAGCGGAACAACUGGAACUGCUAGAACCAGCGGAACAACAACAGCUCGCUGUGCAGAAAUGCAAGCAGUCGAUGAGACAGUCAGCAAGCAGAUCACAGUCACACCGAACGAGUUACCGAAAGGAGAGAAUAUCGAAUUUCAAGUGACAUCUACACGCGGUGUUUCAUUCCCGAAGGAUGAGCGAACACCAACGAUUGUCGUUCAAUUCGGUACACCAGCUGAAGUACAAUCAGUGACAAUUCCACGUGACAAGACACCGAAUGCUAAUGUGCAACAAUUCGAAGUGACAUUCUAUGGACCUGAUGGUGAAAAGAUCAAUGACAAACCAAUCUUGUCAAACUCAAGUCCAAAAGAUGAUACCAAGAAACCAGCUCGAUUGGACUCGACACAGAUCCCAUCAACGACACCUGUGUCUCGUCUCGAGAUCACAAUUGUGCGAACAACUGAUGGCGAAUCACCCAAGGGUGUCGUUCUCGACAUUCAAGCUUGCACUGAAAUCACCACU